CGGACCUCGUCGGAGGAUAUUAUGAUGCAGGGGACAACGUGAAAUAUGGAUUGCCGAUGGCUUUCACGGUCACGACCCUAGCAUGGGCGGCGAUAUCUUUUAGCUCGGAGCUGCGAGCCACCGGCGAAUUGGAAAAUGUCCACUCCGCUAUCCGUUGGGGCACGGAUUAUUUCCUAAAAGCCACCAGAAAAAACAAAUUGUAUGUGCAGGUGGGCGACCCUGUAAAAGAUCAUGAAUGUUGGGUGAGACCAGAAAAAAUGAAGACGCCGAGAACUGUGUUGAAGAUUGAUCAGAAUACUCCCGGAACAGAGAUUGCGGCGGAGACUGCGGCGGCUAUGGCUGCUUCCGCCAUCGUCUUCAGAAAAACUGACCGUGUCUACUCCCGCCGUCUCCUCAACAAAGCCAAACUUCUCUUCCAAUUUGCCAAAACUUACAAGGGAACUUAUGAUGGAGAAUGCCCAUUUUAUUGCUCUUACUCUGGCUAUAAUGAUGAGCUAUUGUGGGCAGCAACAUGGCUGCACAUGGCAACACACAGGCCCCAAUACAUGCAGUACAUCAAAGAAGAAGGCAUCAGUGCUAAUGUAGCAGAGUUCAGUUGGGAUCUUAAGUAUGCUGGAGUCCAAGUCCUUCUUUCUAAGUUUUUCUUCCAAGGCAACCAGGCUUUACAAAAAUACAAGAACCAAGCUGACAGUUUCAUUUGCUCAGUGCUUCCUGAAAGUCCCUACCAUCAAGUUUUCCUCACCCCAGGUGGUAUGAUUCACUUGAGAGAUGGAGCCAACACCCAAUAUGUAACCGGAACAGCCCUCUUAUUCACCGCCUACGGUGACUUGCUCCGUAAAUUCAACCAAAAGGUUUUCUGCGGUGACAAACAGUUCGACUCCACCCAACUCAGGAACUUUGCUAGGCAGCAGAUGGACUACCUGCUUGGAAACAAUCCUCAAGGAAGAUCAUAUAUGGCAGGGUUCGGAAACAACCCACCGAAGAAUCCACACCACAGAGGCGCCUCCGUCCCAGUGGAGGACGCCAACAAGGAGGUGAGCUGCCCCAUGAGCUUCGUGAAUUGGUACAACAAGCUCUCAGAUAACCCUAACGAGCUAACAGGGGCAAUUGUGGGAGGGCCCGACAAGCAAGAUAACUUCAUUGAUAAACGCUCCGACUCCGCAUAGCAUGGAGUUACUUUAUUCAAUUUUACAAAAUGAAUAAAUGUCUAUUCACCUACAUCUUCUUUUUUGUGCAGCAAACAAACAA